GCCCUGGAGGCUGGAUCCAUCAUCAACUUUUACACUGGCAAGCAUUUAUGUAUCACCUUAAAAUUCGAUCGCGCCAUUGGCGUCAAACCGUCUGAUUAGAAAACGAUAGUCGCUGGAAAAAUGGGAGAGCCGAGGCGCCUAGAUGAUUUUCCAUCUUCGCCGCCGUCGUGCUUUUCUCGCUUUUGCACCGCCGCUCGCCGCUCCAAGGAUCUAGCUCCUCCGUCCGCCGACUCCCUCCGGACGGGCGAUGGACUCGUCCGCCGUCUCAACCUGUUCGAUCUCCUCCUUAUCGGCAUUGGGGCCUCUAUUGGAGCCGGAAUCUUCGUCGUCACCGGUACAGUCGCCCACGAAGCUGGUCCGGGAGUCACAAUCAGUUUCGUGAUUGCAGGAAUCUCCUGUGUUCUCAAUGCAUUUUGUUAUGCUGAGCUAGCCUCACGGUUUCCUGCAGUUGUUGGUGGAGCUUAUUUAUAUACAUAUACAGCUUUUAAUGAGCUUACAGCUUUUCUAGUUUUUACACAGUUGAUGCUUGACUAUCACAUUGGUGCGGCUAGCAUAGCACGCAGUUUAGCGAGCUAUACAAUUAAUGCACUAGAGCUUAUUUCUGUCUUCAAGGAUAACAUCCCAAGCUGGGUUGGGCAUGGCACCCAAGUGUAUCUUGGAGUGUUUUCUUUUAACCUAUUAGCUCCAUUUCUACUCAUUAUCUUGACAGCAGUCUUAUGUCGGGGCGUUGGAGAAUCCUCUAUAUUCAACGCUGUGGUGACUGUGACAAAGAUAGUCAUCGUUAUUGUUGUUAUCAUUGCGGGGGCAUUUAAGGUUGAUGCUUCAAAUUGGACCCCUUUUGCUCCACAUGGUUUCAAAGCAAUAUUGACUGGGGCCACUGUGGUAUUCUUUGCAUAUAUUGGAUUUGAUGCCGUUGCUAAUUCUGCAGAAGAAUCUAAGAGACCUCAGAGAGACCUACCCUUAGGCAUAAUCGGGAGUCUGUUGGUCUGUAUAGCAUUAUACAUUGGUGUGUGCUUAGUGAUCACUGGAAUGGUUCCAUAUCAAUUGCUUGGAGAAGAAGCUCCAUUAGCACAUGCUUUCAAGUCCAAGGGCUUGACAUUUGUGUCAGUGUUAAUCAGCAUCGGUGCUAUUGCUGGACUCACCACUACUCUUCUGGUCGGACUUUAUGUUCAGUCGAGACUGUAUCUUGGCCUAGGAAGGGAUGGUUUAUUGCCUGCAGUAUUUGCUCGUGUACAUCUGACUCGGCAUACUCCUGUUUAUUCUCAAGUCUGGGUUGGGAUUAUCGCCCUCAUCUUGGCUGGCAUCUUCAAUGUCCACUUGCUCUCACACAUUCUUUCAGUCGGCACCUUGACAGGUUAUUCUGUUGUUGCAGCUUGUGCUGUAACCCUCCGAUGGAAGGCUAAGAAUGGGAAUAAGGUCUCUACCAGAUCCAUUUCCCUGAGAGGAGAAGGUGUCAUCUGCCUGGUUUUAGUUGCCUGUUGUGGGUUUGCUGCUGGAGCCCUUUACCGUUUUGGGGCUUCUUUUAUUUUCCUGAUUGCAUCUGCUGCCAUUGCGAUGCUUGCAGCCGUUGCUCUUCAUUUCCGACAUGUUUAUGAUGAUCCGCCUGGGUUUUCUUGUCCUGGAGUUCCAAUCCUACCAGCUCUCUGCAUCUUCUUCAAUAUCUUUCUUUUUGCCCAGCUGCACUACGAGGCCUGGAUGAGAUUCGUUGUCCUCAGCAUUAUUGCCACUGGCAUUUAUGCCCUUUAUGGGCAAUAUCAUGCCAAUUCAGGCACAUCACCACCCAUUCACCAAAGGGAACCAGCAGAUGGUCAGGCUUAACACGUUUCCCUGCUCGAAAAAAUUCAAAUGGUUAUUCUCCGUUUGAUCAUUGCGUGCGAAGAUCGUUGUUCAUAUCAUAGUUUAGAUGCAGUGAGUAAAAUCAACCCUUAAAUUGCCAUAUACAACACCAUAAGGUGCGCCUUAAACUGAUGAUGUUUCUCUUAUAGUGUACAACAACCUAGUAUAAUCCCAACCGCUUGAGUGUCGUGCGGUCUUACACAUGUAUAAAGUAAGAGGUUGUUUUCGACUUUUUCGUAGCAUUUACUUCCCAAAACUUCAUAGAGAGCAAGAAACAAGGGAAACUUCAUAUGCAGUUUUCAUGUGCAUGAAACUACUCCGUAUAAUAUUGCUAUCAAUGACUGUUG